CCCAGCCGACACGAACGGAACACACACGCGGAAAAGGCAAUAAAGAUAUUUGAAAACGAUUAACCAGAAACUAGAAUGUUAUACCGCCAGAUGAAAAGAACGUAAUUGUAUAUAUUUUGUCAUGAAUACUAAUACAAAAUCGCGAUUCAAAUUUGAUUUGACAGAUCAGCGCAGAAGCCAAUGGUAGCUAGCUAGCUGUACUACUAGCUAACAACAUUAGCUAUGAGGAAUGAAAUACGUGCAUUCACAAUUAUUCUCCAUACAUCACAAGUGUAGCGGCAAUGGCUGAGGCUGAAGUGAAGGUUGCAUUUGUCAGCAACCUCAAUGGCACGACCCUGGCAGAAGUGUCCCUGGGGUGCAUCCUAGCCCCUCUCUGUCUGCUCAGCAGAGGGCUGUUCCUGAUCACCUUUCACCGGAGUAAAGGUGUUCUCCCUCUCGGCACUGCUACCCACCUCCUCGUGGAUUUCACCAUGCUGAUUAUGCCUUUGGUUUUCUCGUGUACCGUUCUCAGUGACAUUCUUCACCUGGUUAUAGUAGGUUUGGCUGCAGCUGACCUUUCUGUGCUGAUCCUCUUGUACGGGAACCAGAAACCACCUCCUCAUGGGACCUUCCGGAGUUCGUUGGACAGAUUUAUGCACACUCGCGUGGAGUCCAACCUCGUCCCCUUCGUGACUGUGUUCCGGGUGCUGGUCAACGUGAAGACGGCCAUCAGCAUUUUGGCCGUGGACUUCAGUGUGUUCCCGAGGCGUUAUGCAAAGACGGAAUCCUACGGGACAGGGGUCAUGGACUUUGGUGUGGGAGCAUACGUCAUGGCCAAUGCAUUGGUCUGUCCUGAAGCCAGGGGCAAAGAGACUCGGGGCUCAAAGUUCAGCCAUUUGGUGAAGCAGAUGCUCUCUGUCUGGCCCCUGGUCCUCCUGGGCAUUUUAAGGCUGGUGAGCUUGAAGGCAUCAGGCUACCACGAGCACAUGACGGAGUAUGGCAUCCACUGGAACUUCUUCUUCACGCUGGCUGUGGUGAGAGUGGUGGCAUCUGCUCUUCUCUCUGUUUUUCCUGUCAGAAGCUCUUGGCUCCUGGCUUUGCUGCUAAGCGGAGCUUACCAAGUCGUCCUAGAGACAACAGACCUGAAGAACUUUAUCAUCCACAACAAUGAGCGCCAUGGCUUUCUGCAGGCUAAUAGAGAGGGGAUUUUCUCUGCGAUGGGUUAUGUUGCCAUCUACCUGGCCGGAGUCCAAGUUGGUGACUAUCUUAUGCGGAAAAGGACUCUGGUUAAAGACUGGCUUCGUGUGGUCUGGAACCUUCUCUUGGGGAGCUUUGCAUUGUGGGUGCUUUUAUUCAUAUGCCAGACAUGUAUAGAGCCGGUUUCACGUCGAAUGGCAAACCUCUCAUUCUGUAUAUGGACUGUGGCCCAGUCCUUGUUUUUUCUUACUUGUUUGAGCUUGGCUGAUAUUGUGUUACUUUUUGCCAAAAUGGUGUCAAAUUCACCUUUUGUGUCAACCUCUUGGAAUCCAGCUGGGGGACUGCAGACAGAAGGAAGAAUAAGAAAAAAAUUGGAUGAGGUGUGUCUCAUUCAGUCUGUGAGCAGGAAUCAACUGUUGUUUUUCUUGCUUGCAAAUCUAAUGACUGGUUUAACUAACACAGUUGUAGACACUCUGAAAAGCAGUGAUUUUUUUGCUGUUUAUAUAUUGUUGCUUUACAUGCUCAUGAACAGUUUAGCUAUUUUCAUUUUACAUAUCAACAAUAUUACUAUCAAGUUUUGGUAAUUUUUUCCCCACAUUGCUGUAGUCAGUUCCCCUGCUGCUAAGAUAAUUUGAGAUUUUUUUGUGUGUGUGUUGAAAAAAAGGGUCCAGGCUGUUGCACAUUAAUGAACUUUGAAUAUCGAAUAAAACAUAUUUAAAAAUAUUUCUUAA